CAUGAUUCAGGAGCUAUCCGGAAGACGGGAAAGAAACGGAGAAAGAAGAGGCGGCGAGGAUGGGACGACGACUGAAGACGACGAGAGAAGAGCGACGUUGAAGAAGCAGGAGGAAGGGUAAAAUGUCGAGGGGAAAGUUGAACGAGAAGAGACGAGGGAAGAGAGGAGCGACAGAGAACCGAGAGAUAGAUCUCGAAGGGCAGACCGAGAUGGGGAGCAACGCCGAGGGAGGGCGCAUGAGGAGGGAUGGAAGGCGUCGGUGCAUGCGCAAGAAUUUCACACGUGAGCCCGCGAAUCCGCGAGAGAGGUUUGCUUCGAGCGCGAGACUUCCUGCCGUUUCAGUGUCGUGCGCGAUUCCGUACGCGGCGCUUGUGCGAAGCGACGACUGUGCCAGGACUCGUCCCGAUAGAUCGACGUUGGCACCGUUUCAAUCGGGAAUCGCGAGAGAAUCCGCACUCGUAGCCUGGCCAUGAUCGAGUAUUCCUCCCAGUCUCCCGAUGGAAACUCUGCGAGUCCGAUGAUCGAUCGGAGGAUCGAAUUACAAGCAGCCACGAGGAGCAGCGAGGCGACUGAUCAUGGAAAUCGCGACGCGUAAUCGGCGUAAAGAUAGUCGUCAUAUCGGUAAUCGCUCGCGCGGGAUAAUUCGACGGAUGACGUCGAAAUGACGGGGAUGUAAAAUUGAAACCGUUUGGCAGCUGAGAGAGAAAUUAGUCUACGGAUAGGCUGAAGCACAGAUUCUCCCUAGACUCGGAGGCUUGUCACUCAUUCUACCGCGAAACAGAAGCUCGUGCCGCGAUAGAGCCACGCGAUAGUAAAUCACAAGGUGGCAGGUUUUCGCGCGCGGCUGUCAGGUGGAAACGCCGCUCCACUUCGCUCCGACUGACAACAGCUUUCUUCAGCACGUCACGGCAGACAGGCAGAGUUUUCGCGAAGCGUCGCGUCGAGACGACUCCGCGCGAGAAUCUGUCGUCAUUUCCAUUAUCGUCAUCAUUCUAAGGACGAUAGCAGAAGUCGGCCACUUCGCCAUCGAUCUGACGUAACUCUCGCCGAUUAGCCAUAAAUAACCACCACUACUCUUUGGCGUGUAGCACCCGGUGAGUACCCGGUGUGUUGCCACGGUGGAAUCCCGCUCGUAAUGACUCGUAAUUGCGCGGAGGAGGAGCCGACGUCGUGCUGGAACGAUUUAAGGGACACCUAGCAGCGCCACCCGCGCCCUUCGCUAUAAUGAUUAGAUGCACGCGACUACGAGGAUUACCUGGUUGAGGUGGAGGAUCGAGAGACGCGAGGGUGUAUGACCACCGGCUGAAAUCUGAAUACGUGAGUGGUCGACCGCGACCUCGACGAACUCUGGUCUCUUCUACCGAAACGAUCCGACGACUGAUCGUUAACACUCGCCCGGACGCAGAUCAGCGAUUCACGGCGUAUUCGAUCGAAGGAAGGAUUCAAUUGGAAGGGCGUAAUGGACACGUCACCAACGUUAAGCAUCGGCGGUUCGAGGGCCAGGGCGGCCCUUUUGACCACCAGUGGCACCGGAACCGGUAGCACCGAUAGACGGGUCGUCUUUUUAGCAAGUCAACCAUCGGUCGGCAGCAGUCACGAGACCAAAACUUGGCCUCACCAUUGGUCACCGCACACGACCGGAAACAGUUACAAAUCGCCGGAGGAAUCACCGCACACGGAGCACAGCAGACUGAGAAUGUCACGGGGCCAAGGGGGAUGGUCCGACGAGCCUUGCACUUCCGGUAGUGCGAGUCGCCGCAGUGGAGCGCGGCAAAUGGCAGGAUCAUCCUCGAGAACGUCAACUUCCUUGGAGGAGCGCGUUUCCGCUACGCCGUGUAAAAGCGGCUUCAGAUUAGGUGUCUACGGCUGGAGAAAAAGAUGUCUUUAUUCUCUCGUGUUGAUACUCAUGGUCAUCGUUAUUCUCAACCUCGCUCUUACCGUCUGGCUUUUAAAAGUCAUGGGAUUCAGUUCCGAAGGUAUCGGCUCGCUAAAAGUGGUGCCUGGGGGAAUCGAACUAAGAGGUCAAGCUGCCGUAUUAGACGCCCUUGUGGCCUCCAACCUGAGAUCUCGGAGGGGCAAAAACUUGGUGUUGGAAUCAUGGAGUAAUUUUACGGCCUCAGCAAGAUCUCACGAUGGUCGGCUUCUCGCGCGAUUAACAGUUGGCGAGGAUCGUGUCGAUUGCGUUUCCAGAGGUUUUCGAAUAACCGAUCCUCGAGGAGGGGUGCUCUUUUCCGCGGACAGAGAACAGGUUAUCGUGGGAGCGGAAAUGUUAAGAGUAACCGGUGAAGGUGGUGCCGUUUUUCAGGGAAGCGUACAGACUCCGUUGGUCAGAGGAGAAUCGGGGCGCGGUCUUAGGCUCGAAUCAGCGACGAGAUCAUUAAAAAUCAGUGCUCCUCAGCAAGUUGUAAUCGAGUCUUGGGCAAGCGAGAUUUCGGCGUCUUGUCUAACAGAUUUGAAGCUGCAAAGCAUUCAUGGAGCCAUUCGACUCGACGCCAAGUCCGUCUAUAUGAAGGGCUUGAAGACAGCGAUGCCAGUGCAAGGACACUCGUCCAGAGAACAGCAACAGCAGCAGCAGCAACAGCACUCCAGUAGAUCUUCAUCCACUCAUCAGAGGGAGACGACCAUCUAUCAGCUGUGUGUCUGUGCAAGUGGCAAGCUCUUCCUCGCCAGGCCGGAGGGUACUUGUCAAGCCGACAAGUCGAUUUGCUAAUACGAAACGACUCGACAGUUCUGAAUACGAAAGGAUACUUUGUUACAAAUCGCGAUAAACUAUGUGACUCGGUGAUUUUGGCGACAGAAAACGUGAAAGAAAAAGAAAGACGCACUGUCGAUCGGCCAAUUGGCAUGAUCGGGGACGAGGCCUUUAUUGGAACACUGCAAACGAUAUCAAACGAAUUUACCACGCGUCAAAUGGACGGAAAUAUCGAGUGCGAUGUAUUAGAAAUCAUGAAAGAGAGAGAAAGAGAGAGAGAGAGAGAA